AAAAUAGCCGAGGGCGAGCCUGUUCUUGCUACUAAAAUCACAGGAAUGAUCCUUAAUAUGAAACCAUCCUUCGUUCUCAACGUCCUACUCAGUGAUUCUGACCUGAAAAAUGCGGUGACACAAUGCAAAGUUGCUCUGGCAAAGAAGGAGCCAGUUAUCCAAAAGAAGAACUAA